CUGUAACUGAGCUGAGCUCACAUCUUCUCUCAGCAUGUCCCACAGCUGCUGCUUUGGAGACUUCUCUUCCCACUCCUUAGGCAGCCAUCUGCCCUAUUCACACUCCUUCUGUUCUUCCUCCUACCCCAGCAACCUGGUCUAUACCACCAACUUCCACCAUCCCAGGACCUGCCACCUGGGCUCCUCUCACUACAGGGGCUGUCAGGACAUCUUCCACAGGCCCUCAGGAUGCCAGAAUUCCUGUGUGGUGUCCAGGACCUGCUACCACCCAAGGACCUUCACCCACUGCAGUCCCUGCCAGGGGACCUAUGCUGGAUCUCUGGGCUUUGGGUCCAGCAAUUGCCACUCACUGGGCUUCGGAUCUAGAAGCUGCCACUCUCUGGGCUAUGGAUCUAGAAGCUGCCAUUCCUUAGGCCAUGUUUCUGGAUGCUGCCAUUCCUUGGGCUAUGGAUCUAGAAGUUCCUGUUCUCUGGGCUACCAAUCAAGGAGCUGCUAUCCCUCGGGCUAUGGAUCCAUCCACUUCAGACCUCUGAGUUAUAGAAUCCAUGACUGCCCUUCCCUGGGCUAUGGAUCUGGAUUCCACCACCCAACCUAUGUGGCUUCUAGGAGCUUCCAGUCUUCUUGUUACAGACCAACCUGUGGGUCAGCCUUCUAGAGAUAAAUUUGCUGAAUUUCCAGACCUUUCAAGCCAAAUAUCUCAGUAUCUACUCAGAGCUGCUGUUCUUAGUUUCUCAGCAAUAUUCACUAACCUCUCCCUGCACCCUUUCUCUGGCAUCAAGCACAAGCUAACAAACUAGCACUUUCAGGCUGUGAAAUUAAUGAAUGACCAAAGUGUAGAGUCCAAUGUCUAUAAUUUAGAAACAAGUAAUUCAUUAAUACAUAAAUUCAUCCUAUAACAUUUAUGAAACUUCAGUUA